UUGAGGAAGUGUAAUAUACCCACUUCCCAUGUUGUCAACACAGCCUCAAGAGGAAAAAUAAGAUCAUUUAAGCGUUACAGAGCUACAAACAUGGACCAACUGUUGAGGUUUUCUAUCCUUCUUUUCAGCUUGCCUGUUUCAGCAUGGAGCAUGGAGAAGGGUGAGAGCUGCUUUGUAUCACAGCCAAACAAGGAGGUCUGGAGAAAAACAGGACAGAGUGUGGUUCUCCCGUGCACCAAGAGCUCACACUGUUCAAUCAAAGACGUGCGCUAUGAGUGGUUCUCUUUCAGUGGAAACUCAGCUCAUCGUCUAAACCUGCAGAGCAAUCUUCUAAAGUACAGCCUGGAGGGAGCGUCUUUACACAUCAAGUCCCUUCAUGCUAACGACAGCGGGAUCUAUCACUGUGCGUUGCAUGGAGAGCCGGGAAAGGGCCAUCAGCAUGUGGGAAUGGGUACCACUCUGGUGGUCAGGGAAAAAGUUCAUGUAAUGGUGAGGAAUGUCCUCCUGUGGUUAUCAUUCGUCCUCCUGGCCAUCUACAAUUUGGCCCUAGUGACACUCAUUAUCAAGAAGUAUGGCUGCAGUAUGGGCGUCUGCAGAAAGAUGAACAAAACUUACAAGAACAACUCAACCAAAAAAAGACAAUUUCAUGAUGUGCUGCAAGAAAUUACCAGCAGAAACAACCUGGAGAGAAGCAAACAAGCUGCUGAUUUAACUGGUUCAACUGACGACAUCUAUCAAAAUGUCUAAGCUGUUAUUCAAGGAUGUAAGAAGAAAAAAUGGACUGCCAUUGUCUUGACUAAGAAGAAAUAAAGUCAUGAAAUAAGA